AUGAAGAACGACAUUGCUAUGAACACAACAAACCCAAGGCAAAGCUUUCCAGUGGCAUUCCACGUAGGGGCAGCUACUUUUACAGUCAUCCUAGUUCUUGGCACCAUAUUUGGCAAUGUCCUCGUCAUCGCCGCAUUUUCACUACACUUGCGCAUGCGUACUGUGACGAACUAUCUUGUGGUGUCUUUGGCGUGUAGUGAUCUCUGCGUUGCACUAUUCUCCAUGCCGGUGUGGACGGCGUACCUACUAACCGGACCCAUGUGGGUACUUGGAGAAACGCUAUCACGUGUUUGGACCGUGAUUGACAUAUUGAUGGGAACAGCAUCAAUAAUGAAUCUCAUGGCCAUAAGCUUUGAUCGAUAUCUCUGUAUAACAAGUCCUUUACGUUAUCUGGAAUUGAUGACUACACCAAGAGUGAUUUUCAUAAUCGCUUGCGUUUGGAUUUAUUCGUUGGCUAUUGCUAUUGCAGGCUUUAUUCUCUACGAUAAGCCGAUCUUUAUGCUGGUUGAAAUGAUCCUGUGCUUUUGCAUCCCACUGGUGGUUAUAAUCAUCGCGUAUUCGAUUAUCUUUAAAGUGGCACUACGUCACAUAACACAAAUACAUACUGCAAUGCCUUCGCAUAACCAUAACAGUCACAACAGCUUCAUGAAAGAACUUAAAGCCGCUAAGACACUAGCAGUGGUCGUUGGUGCUUUCGUGAUCUGCUGGGCACCCUUUGUUACACUUAACGUGAUUUACAGCUUGUGCAGUCCUAUUCUGGGCUGCCCCUGCCCUGUUAUUAGUCCAGAAAUUAUCCUUGCUACAAAAUGGAUGCACUAUGGGAAUUCGCUGCUAAAUCCACUAAUUUAUACGUUCACAAACAGAGACUUUAGGACGGCUUUCAAGGCCCUGCUGUGUUCAAGAAAUCGGUCUUUCCUAGAAUUGGGGUUGUCUGCAGGUCCAAGGAGAACUGCUGAGGCUAAUAGCCUUCCGAUGGCAUAG